AUGCCUACAUACCUCCUGACAUGUCAUGUCAAUACCCCUGCGGCCCUCCAUCUCUCAUGUCUCCCACGCAGCCAAAUCUCCUACAACCAGCUGUCUGGUGCCAUCCCCCCCGCCAUUGGCGCCCUCACAGACCUCCGAGACCUCCAACUCUCCAACAGCCAGCUGUCUGGUGCCAUUCCCCCCGCCAUAGGCGCCCUCACGGCCCUCCUGUACCUCCAACUCUUCAACAACCAGCUAUCUGGUGCCAUCCCCCGCAUUUCCCUUACGUCCCUCCGAUACAUCUACCUGUCGCACAACAUGCUCACGGAAAGCAUUCCCACGAAAAUGGGCAAUUUGGUGGAGCUUCACCACCUGUAUCUGGACUACAACAAGCUUGGAAGCACCAUCUCUGAUGCCCUGAGUACCCUCACCAGCCUGAAACUCCUGUCAAUGGCCAACAAUGAGCUCGAGGGGACAAUCCCUGCCUUCCUCUCUUCCCUCACUAAACUCACCCACCUUGUGCUAUCAAACAACAAGCUGACAGGAGUCAUACCCACUUCCAUAGGCGCUAUGAUGAACCUCAAUACCCUUUGCCUUUCCCACAACUCUCUCACUGCCAACCUCAACAACCUCUCCCCACUAAACAGUCUAAUCAGACUGGACCUCUCAAGCAACAACCUCUCAGCCGCUAUCCCCCCUUCCAUCUCCCGCCUCCUCCAAGUUAUGACUCUGAAGCUCGACAGCAACGCCUUGGAGUCUCCUAUCCCUCAGAGCUUGAGUGCUCUGAGUCACUUAUACUUCUUGGAUCUGAGCCGAAAUAAGUUCUCAGAGGACUUUCCUACUGUCCUAACCCGGAUGACACAAGUGGGGAACAUGAGGCUGAGCCACAAUAACUUCACAGGCAGCAUUCCUGCCUCCAUCACCUCUCUCGCUUCCCUCACCUACCUUGAUCUGGGCUACACAUUGCUAUCGGGCACAAUCCCCACCGCCAUCACCAAAAUGCAACACCUGUCUCACCUUGACCUUCGCAUACCAACACUCACGGGCACCACCCCGGCCUCCAUGGGCGCCAUGCUCAAUCUGCAAACCCUUUAUGUCAACUACAGUGCGACUCCGUGCGGUUCUGGGUGGUGCGAGGUGGUGCAGCAAUCUGGCACAGCCUUCUGCCACGCCUGCACUAAUUUCUGCAACACGUGCUCUCGCAAGG